AUGGGCAACUACACGCUGCAGCACGUGAUCCCCGCGGUCCUAAACCUCACGCCCGAGCGGCAGGCGGCCUUGAUCGCCGAGGUCGACGCCGUCGUGCACAACACCCUCGAGCUGCGGCGGGCGUUUGCAGCCAGCGGCCGCCAACUCGACAAGUCGGCGUGGAAGCUCGUGGCCACGCGGGACGACGUGCGCGCGUACCGCUCGCGUCGCGCGGUGCACGGCGUCGAGACGUCGGCGCCGCUGCGGCCGUCUCCGACGUCGCCCACGUCGUCGUCGACGAGCUCGAGCUCCAAGUGCACGUCCCACAGCAGCGCGUGUGCGGCCGGUCUGGAGAGCGACCGGAGGCGGUCGAAACCGACCGGCCGGCCGCCGGCCGUCGUGCUGUCCGGCACGGUCGACGGCACGGAAGAAGACGCCGUGCUGGGCCUACUGGCCCACUCGGAGCAGCACUGCAUGAUGCGGCACUCGUACUUGGGCACGGAGCUCGAGGACGCGCGUCUGCUGUGCGUCUUGGCCCGGCCGACGGCCGCGCGGCCGUUCGACUUCCUUGGCGUCAAAUGGGGCCGACAGACCUACGGCCGCUUUAGUCAGCCGCGAGACUUUGUGUUCCUCGAGGCCACGGGCACGACGACCGACGCCGACGGCGCCGUCGUGGGCUACAGCGUCCGGCAGUCCACGGACCUGUCGGACGUACUCGCGCUCCCGCGGUCGCCCGACGUCCUGCGGGGCCACUUGUCCGUGUGCCACACGUUUGCCAACACGGACACGUCCACGGGCGGCGCGCGCCACCGGUCCGUCGAGAUGUUCUCGCGCGCGUUCCUCCAGUUGGACGGCGGCGUGCCCGUGAACGUCGCGGCCGCAGCGUUGGCCGAUAAACUCCUGGCGCUCGUGAACACCGCCGAGAGUGCAACGGCGUAUAAGCUCACGUGGAUGAUGCGGCAGGCGCUCCGGCACCCGCACGCGGGCGGCGUGACGCACCACUGUGCGAACUGUGUGCACAGUCUGUGUACAUUGAGCACGUUGCUGCUCCAUCGCGGCGGCGCGUGUCAGGUCUGCCGGCGCGCGUACUGCGGCAAGUGCGCAGUGACUAAAAAGAUCUCGAUCAGCAUUGGCAGUGAAGUGGUGCAGAAGUCGCUGCUCUUUUGUCUCGAGUGCCUCCUCGAGGCGAAACACCUCUCGGCGCGACAAGUGGCCGCGGACCAGCAGCGAUGGUAG